CUCUUUUGUGCCUCCUCCCUUUUUGUGAUGAAUCAUUAUCCUCUCUCUGCCUGUGUUAUUUCAGGGAUUGUGGGUGCUGCUGUAUGUGGAGGCUAGUUAGUCAGGGAUUGCAUGCAGGCAGCCUCCCAUCUUUAUACUCCAUUAUCAGAGAGAGCGAGAGAGAGAGAGAUGAGGGCUGUGACUCAGGGAAGCAGAACUGGCUGUACGGUAGAGACACUAGAGAGAUAGACAUGCAGAAGACUGUGUUCGUUUUAGGAGAAUGUGCCACAGCUCAUAGCAGAAAAUGGCGAUUCUAGCACAGUUCCCCAGCUAAGGCAGGCAAGGGAGCAGACAGACAGACAGCGUUCACGUCACAAACUGGAUCAUGGUUUUAAGGUGGACCAGAAGAUGUAGCUGAGGACAACAGGCUGACAGAAGGCUGAAGACACUAGAGAAGGUUCUCAGGUGCUUCCUCCGGAGAGAGGGGGAGGGGUGGGGGGGGCGGGGGCUUGGUCCCUUGGAGCACCACCUCCAGAGCUUCACCAUGUCCAAGAAGUGGCCCGGGGGGGCCGGGGGGGCUGGGGGCCGAGGCAAGAUGGAGAGAGCCGAUACGUUGGCGGCCCUGCAGGCUGCCAAUGAAGAUCUGAGGGCCAAACUCACAGACAUCCAGAUAGAACUACAGCAGGAGAAAAGCAAGGUUAGUAAGCUGGAGAGAGAGAAGAGCCAUGAGGUGAGACAUGAGCAACACAAGUCUACAGUGGUGGUGACUGAGCUGAAGGCCAAGCUCCACGAGGAGAAGACUAAGGAGCUCCAGGGGCUCAGGGAGACGCUGCUACGGACCCACGAGCUGGAGCUGAUGAGGGUUAUCAAGAUCAAAGACGGAGAGAUCCAGAGACUACAGGCGCUGGUUAAUGCGCUGCGAGAUGGAUCCACAGACAAGGUGAAGACGGCUCUGUUUGCGGAGGCACGUGAGGAGGCCAGGCGUGGUUUUGAGGGGGACAGGAGCAGACUACAGCAGGAGAUCUAUGAGCUGAAGGGCAUGAAGAGACAGAUGGAGGAAGCUCUGAACUUGGCCGUCCAGGCAGACAAGACCAAGGCUGCUGAGAUACGGUCCGUCUAUCAUGUACACCAGGAGGAGAUCACCCGCAUCAAGAGGGAGUGUGAGAGGGAGAUACGCAGACUGAUGGAUGAGAUUAAGGUAAAAGACAGAGCAUGCUGUGUGCUGGGGAAGGAGCUGGGUGUUCAGGCUGGACACACUCAGAGGCUCCAGCUGCAGAAGGAGGCUGUGGAUGAGCAGCUAGCCCAGAUCAGAAGCAGGGAGGUUGGGGCAGGAGGACACCUCCACAGCCCAAAACGAGACGCUCCUUACCCCAGUGGUGCAGGAGACACCUCAGAGAGCCUCGAACAGCAGUUGGAUGAGAAGGACGUGCGACGCUUCCAACUGAAGAUCGCUGAGCUGAGUGCCGUCAUCCGCAAACUGGAGGACCGCAACGCCCUCUUGUCAGAGGAAAGAAAUGAACUGCUGAAGCGCCUAAGAGAGGCAGAGAGCCAGUUUAUGCCCCUGCUGGACAAGAACAAGAGGCUGAGCAGGAAGAAUGAGGAGCUGGCCCACGCAUUCAGACGCAUGGAGAACAAACUACGCUUCAUUACAGAGGAGAACAUGGAAAUGAGAGAGAAGGUAGCCACCAAAAGACGUCCCAGCUCUCUAAACGACCUUGAUCAGAGUCAGGAGGAGAGAGAGAUCGAGUUCCUCAGACUGCAGGUUCUGGAACAGCAGAAUAUUAUUGACGACCUGUCAAAGGCACUGGAGACAGCUGGAUACGUGAAGAGUGUGAUUGAAAGAGAUAUGCUGCUGAGGUACAGACGACAGGGCAGCAUAGGGAGGAAGAAGGCCAUCAGGCCGUGUAAACCGGUGGUAGAGACGUUCUUUGGUUACGAUGAAGAGGCUUCUAUAGACUCAGACGGUUCCUCCAUCUCCUUCCACACAGACAGGACACCGUGCACACCAGACGAUGACCUGGAGGAGGGUAUGAUCAGGGAGGAGACAGAGAUGAGGUUUCAUCAGUUGACCAUGGAGUACCAGGCUCUUCAGAGAGCCUAUGCACUUCUACAGGAGCAGGUGGGGGGCACGUUUGAUGCAGAGAAGGAAGUCAAGACAAGAGAACAGUUGCAAGCAGAGCUUAUUCUCUACCAAACCAGAAUACAGGACCUGGAGUGUGUUCUGUCCCAGCAAGGACAGGAUAUGAAGUGGAUCGAGGAGAAACAAGCCCUGUAUCAAAGAAAUCAAGAACUUAUAGAGAAGAUCAAGCACAUGGAAACAGAGGAGUCACGUUUAAAAAACGAAUUUCAGGACGCCAGAGACCAAAAUGAACUCCUGGAGUUCCGGAUCCUUGAACUUGAAGAGAGGGAGAGGAGAUCUCCAGGAAUCAACUUCCACGACAUCCACUUCUGUGAAGGCAUCAGUCCACUGCAGGUGUACUGUGAGGCCGAGGGAGUCACAGACAUCAUCAUCACAGAGCUAAUGAAAAAGCUAGAUAUACUGGGGGAUAAUGCCGUAAGUAACCUAUCCAAUGAGGAGCAGGUGGUGGCCAUUCACGCCAGGACCGUCUUAACGCUAGCAGAGAGGUGGCUUGAGAAUAUAGAGGUCACCAAAACAGCUUUAGCACAGAAAAGGAUGGACAUUGAAAGUGAGAAGCAUGUGUUCAGUAAACAGAAAGGCUAUCUGGAUGAGGAGUUGGACUACAGGAAACAGUCCGUGGCUGAGGCUCACAAGAGGAUCUUGGAGCUAGAGGCAAUGCUGUUUGAUACCCUGCAACAGGAUGCGGGGGCCAAGAUGUCAGAGAUGCUGUCGGACGACGAGAGGGAGACACUGCGUCGGGCGGUUGAGCAGUGGAAGAGAGGAGUCAUGAUGGAGCUCAGAGAGAGGGACUCACAGAUCCUCAGGGAGAGAAUGGACAUGCUACAGCACUCACAGCAGAGAAUCAAAGAGCUGGAGGAAUGGAUAGCAGCUCAGAAAAGACAGAUAAAGGAACUAGAAGAAAAGUUUUUAUUUUUAUUUUUGUUUUUUUCUUUAGCCUUCAUUCUUUGGUCAUAGUUCUCCAGGGAAGCCAGAGCAAUUCACAGGUUUCCAGAUUGCCUUGUACAUUGUGUUUCAAGAGGACAGGAUUUGGAAUCCAAGAUGGCUCCCAGUGUUCCUGAAAGUCUUUUCGGAGACUUCUUCACACGAGAAACCAGUCAACUAUGCUGCAACACUGACUUUAGAUAGAAUUCUAUCACCAUGGUUUCUUUUGUUAAAAAAACGUUUUUUAUUUUUUAUUUUUUUAACUUCAGUAACCUUUCAAACCUGACUGCUGUCCCUCGUUAGUGAUGAUGAUGAUGAUGACGUCUCGAUGGAACACUCUAUGGAAGAGUUCCUCUUUAUGGAUGAAGACUUCAGUGGAAUUGAAGAACUCUUAAUAAAUGGGAGUGUUUCGUGUCUUCUUUUCCCUGCUGAGCAGGUGGUGCUCUGGUCGCUUCCCUUUGGAAGCAUGAAGAAGAAGAAGAGUUUGAUUGAUUGAUUGAAAAACAAACUGUAGUGAAGUCAGGCGGUACUCCUGCUCGGGGCUUGAACCUGGAUCUUUUCUGUUCAACCCAACACUUUAGCCAAGAGAUCCAAAACCUCUUGACGAGGUCACUAAGUGUUGGGUUAUGUUAAACGACGGUGAAGUGAGACAUUUUUACCUUAGCUCUUAACAUUCACACACACUCCACUGAAGCUGAGCGUUUCCUAAAAUGGACACCAUACCACUGUUUACACUAUCUGACCACGCUGUUAUUACACUCACAGGGAGCUAGUCACAGAAAGAGAGCCCAUCCCCGAACUUUAAAAUGGUGAAAGCCUUCAGUGAUGCUGCCCAUACUAAAACUGGCUUUGUGGCCAGUGUGCCCUCUAUCUAUCUCUAUGGCCUCAGCCCUUCCCCUGUCUAGUCCAGACAUGCUGUGGGACUCAUUAACUCCUCAAAGCUCAGUGUUUGAAAUGAAACCAGAAGCCAAACGGUGGUAUUAUUAGACAUCAUGUAUUUUUGUAUGAAAAAAGGCAAAGAUUUUAAAAUACAUGACUCAAAAGAGGAAUAAAUAAAAUGAAUAAAUUAGAUAUUAUUUUUUUGUUGAUGAAGAAUGAAGGAGCUUUCAAUGAUUUUAGAAUUUUCCAUUUGAUCAGAUUUAUGUCAAUCUGAUCUUCCCCCCUUGGUGCUUGGGAGAGAGUGGGUUUGUUUCAGAUGGGGACCUUGGUUAGUUCUGUUAUGUCCUGAUGGAGAGGGUGGGUUAGUUCUGUUAUGUCCUGAUGGAGAGGGUGGGUUAGUUCUGUUAUGUCCUGAUGGAGAGGGUGGGUUAGUUCUGUUAGGUCCUGAUGGAGAGGGUGGGUUAGUUCUGUUAUGUCCUGAUGGAGAGGGUGGGUUAGUUCUGUUAUGUCCUGAUGGAGAGGGUGGGUUAGUUCUGUUAUGUCCUGAUGGAGAGGGUGGGUUAGUUCUGUUAGGUCCUGAUGGAGAGGGUGUGUUUGUUUCAGAUGGGGAUCGUGGUUUAGUUCUGUUAUGUCCUGAUGGAGAGGGUGUGUUUGUUUCAGAUGGGGACCUUGGUUAGUUCUGUUAUGUCCUGAUGGAGAGGGUGUGUUUGUUUUAGAUAGGGGACCUUGUUUAGUUCUGUUAUGUCCUGAUGGAGAGGGUGGGUUAGUUCUGUUAUGUCCUGAUGGAGACAAUACCUCCCAUUGAAUCUUUAUGACUCCAUGUUAAAGCAGAUUGUGUAUGAGAGAUGUAUUUUAUGCAUUAUGUUGCCAUUAAAUGGGAUCAAGCCCCGUU